GCGACCGCACUGGAGAGAUGUGCGGCGGCCCGCACACCACUCCACGCUACUUCGGCCGCUUGACUGACGCCUGGCGUACUCAGUUCCCUGGCUCCACUGAGAUCCCUCGCUGGGAUAUUCUGCUUAAGUCGGGGGUUGCUAUCUUUGAUCUUGAUUAUGAUGCUAUCCUUGCUGCUAUGUAUGCUGUGUCUAUUAGUGAUGAGGGUGACUGUUACCUGUGUGUUCCGCCCGACCCGGGCAAUGAGGCUGCUGCUCUAGGUGCUAGUGAGUCUGCUGCUCCAGGUGCUAGUGAGUCUGCUGCUCCAGGUGCUGGUGAGGCUGCUCUCUCAGGUACCGCGUCGGCACAGGUCUUGCACACUUUCACCCUUGACUCGGGUGCCUCCCGCUCCUUCUUUCGCGACUGCACCACCCUCUCGCCGCUCAGUCGGCCGGUGGCAGUCUCACUGGCUGACCCCUCUGGGGGACCAGUUGUGGCCCGUUCCUCCACUGUCCUCCCGUGUCCUGCUGUUCCGUCCGGCUCGCUGACUGGUCUUCACCUCCCCUCGUUCUCUACGAACUUGGUGGCGGGUGCUGAUCUUCAUGAUGGGGGUGUUCACCAGUUCACCCCUGCCCACCAGCGUGUGACGCACUGCACGUGUGCUCGGACGGGUCGUCACCUCGCCACGUUCACCCGUAGGCCAGGGUCCAGCCUGUACACCCUCACCACUACGUCUCCUCCUCGUCAGGUAGCCGCGUCGGGUCAGGUGUUUGCUGCAGCGUCCCGGUCUGGCCCUGAGUCUGCCCCCUGCUCGUGUCGCCUCCUGGCCCACGAGACUCUUCUCUGGCACCACCGCCUUGGUCACCCCUCCCUGCCUCGUCUUCGAGGCAUGGCCUCCCGUGUCCUGGUCUCGGGUCUUCCUGAGUCCCUCCCUCCCCUUCCUCCGGGGCCUGCCCCUACCUGCGUUCCUUGCGUCGAGGGUCGGCAGCGCGCCGCUCCUCACUCCUCCGAGUUUCCUCCGACAGAGGCCCCACUGCAGACUCUUCACAUGGACGUCUGGGGCCCAGCCCGCGUCCGUGGACAGGGUCACGAGCGUUACUUCCUGCUGGUCAUUGACGACUACUCGCGUUACACCACAGUCUUCCCCUUGCGCCGCAAGGGUGAGGUCACUGAGAGGUGGUGA